AUGUCCAGGGCACAGAUCUCGGCUCUGGUGUUUGGCGUCGGGGGCUUUGGUGCUCUCGUCGCUGCCACCGCAUCCAAUGAGUGGAAAGUAACUACCCGAGCAUCCUCGGUGAUAACGGCCACUUGGGUUUACCAGGGUCUGUGGAUGAACUGCGCAGCGGGCGGCAUGGCGAGCACGGCGUCGGAGAUCAUUGCCUUCAUGGUUUCCAUCUCCGGCUGGGUGCUGGUGUCCUCCACGCUGCCCACCGACUACUGGAAGGUGUCCACCAUCGACGGCACGGUCAUCACCACCGCCACCUAUUGGGCCAACCUUUGGAAGAUGUGCGUUACCGACUCCACGGGCGUCUCCAACUGCAAGGACUUCCCCUCCAUGCUGGCUCUAGACGGUUAUAUCCAGGCGUGUAGAGGACUUAUGAUUGCCGCCGUCAGCCUGGGCUUUUUUGGUUCCAUAUUUGCCCUGUUUGGAAUGAAAUGUACCAAAGUCGGAGGCUCAGAUAAAGCCAAAGCUAAAAUUGCUUGUUUGGCCGGGAUUGUAUUCAUACUGUCAGGGCUGUGCUCCAUGACCGGGUGUUCCCUGUAUGCAAACAAAAUCACAACAGAGUUCUUUGAUCCCCUCUUCGUGGAGCAAAAGUAUGAAUUAGGAGCUGCUCUGUUUAUUGGAUGGGCAGGAGCCUCACUCUGCAUAAUUGGUGGUGUCAUAUUUUGCUUUUCAAUAUCUGACAACAACAAAGCACCCAGAAUGGGAUACACAUACAAUGGGGCCACAUCUAUCAUGUCUUCUCGGACAAAGUAUCACGGUGGAGAAGAUUUUAAAACCACAAACCCUUCAAAACAGUUUGAUAAAAACGCUUACGUCUAA